AUGUCUCUUGAUAAAACUGAAAUAAAAAUGGAGGAAGAUGUUGUGAACCGUACAGGUUCAUUUUCCAGUAUGGAUGAUCAACCAUUUGAACAAUUCAAAGAAGAAAAAAAGUUUGUACGAAAACUUAGUUGGUCUCUAUUGCCAUUAGUCUGGUGUAUUGUCUUUGUUCAAUUUGUUGAUAAGGCAAUGUUAGCAGUAGCCGCUGUCACAGGAUUAUUACAAGAUACUCAGAUGACAGCAUCACAAUACAGUUGGGCUUCUUCUGUAGUUUAUUUGGGCUAUCUCGUUUAUCAAAUCCCGAACAAUAUUUUAAUUCAACGUUUACCACAUGCUAAAUAUCUUGGUGUUCUUAUUACAUUAUGGGGUGUCACUGUAUGUGCGACUUGUGCAGUUCAAACUUUCCAACAAUUGAUGGGUUUACGGUUUUUAUUAGGUCUAUUUGAAGCUGGAUCAAACCCCGUCUUAUACAUCAUUCUGAAUACUCUCUAUAGAAGAUCAGAACAAUCAGCUGUGUUCGGAUUCAUGAUCAUCUCCUCUGGUAGUGGGUCUGCUGUUGGUUCUGCUAUUGGUGUUGCUAUCACUUACACCUUAGAUCAUGUCCAUGGAUGGCGCGCUUGGAGAUGGGGUUAUCUCAUUUUUGGAGUGAUUACUAUCUUUUUAGGCAUUGUGACAUUUUUCCUUUUGAUUGACAAACCAACAUCGAAAUUAUUACGACUGACUGAAGCCGAAAAAAAGAUUGUAGAGGAACGUGGCAAAGACAAUAUGGUGGUCAAAACAAAACUAAUUAAACGAUAUCAAAUUUGGGAAGCUCUCAAGGAACCUCGCCUAUGGUGUUUAUGUUUUGGUAUGCUUUUACUCAAUCUUCAAAAUGGUGGUUUGAUUUCUUAUAGUGCCCUUUUAGUGCAAUCUCUAGGCUUUACCUCUCAAGAAUCUGUAAUCUUACAAAUUCCCAGUGGUAUUGCAAGCGCCACCUAUGUUCUUAUUUCCAUCAUUGGAGCUAGAAAAUCAACACAAACCAUUUUUACAGCUAUGACAUUGAUCUGCGUUUCACUCAUUGGCUUGAUCACUCUGGUUGCUUCCAAUAAUGUCGGUGGUAGGUUGGCUGGCUAUUAUCUCUCAUGGGCACAAGCUGCAGGUCAAGCUCUUAUCAUUACAAUCAUUGGUAACAAUGUUUCUGGUUAUACAAAGAAGGUCACAUACAACGGUACCUUGACAGUAUUUUUCACUCUUGGUAACUUUAUAGGUCCAUUGAUGAUGGUACCACCUACUUAUCUUGGAGGAUUAUUGGGAUAUCUUGCAAGUAAUAUAGUGACAAUUUUAUUACUUGGUUAUGUUCGAUGGGAUAUGGCAAUAAUCAAUAAGCGAAGAAGUCAAAAUGGUACAUCUGAAAAGACAGAUCCUGCUCUUGAUUUGACUGACAAGGAAGAUGUCAAUUAUGUAUAUCGAUUGUAGGCUUAGUAUUUAGUUAUAGCGCUAUAUAUAUAUAUAUAUUCACUUCAAAAUAAAAGAUGAUUUGUUUGUAUCUGAUAACAUAUGAAUGAAAUAGAAUAAAUGAUCAUAUAUUGAAAAC